AUUCCAUUUUUACUCACCAUGCUCUAAAUGCCCUAAAUGCCCCUAAAAGGAGUUUUAAUAUUUUAUUUACAUUUCACAUGCCUUCUUCCUUUCUUCAUUUCUCUUUAACGUCACAGCCAUGGCUAACCUGCUAGCCUCCGACCCAAUCUUUUCCGCAUUCCUGUCGCCGGAUUUUGAUUCGGCCCGCUUCUCCUCCGCCGCUCUCUCCUCCGGAUCUGCGGCAUCUCGCAUCGAGAAGCUGCAGGAAGGCCUCCGCUUCCUCGACAACCAGCUCCGCCAUGAAGUCCUCUCCCGCCACGAGGAUCUCCUCAACCAGCUCUCCUCCAUCCGCGCCGCCGACUCCGCCCUCUCCUCCCUCCGAUCCUCCGUCUCCUCCCUCCAAUCUUCUCUACAGCGAGUCCGGUCUGAGCUCUCCGAUCCACAUCGCGUCAUUGCAGCCAAAACUGUCCAGCUCUCCAACCUCCACUCAACCACCGAGCUUCUCCAGUCCACAAUUCGCUUCCUCCGUCUCUCGAAGAAGCUGCGCGAUCUCAUGGAUUCCACCCCAGAUCACGAGAAGCUCGAUCUAUCAAAAGCCGCCCAGUUCCAUUUUGAGAUACUCUCGCUCCACAACGAGUACCAUUUGUCCGGGAUCGACGUAGUGGACGCGGAGCUGAAAUGGGUAACUGAAAUCGGGCAGAAAUUGAGAAGCGAAGGAAUGCGUGUGCUGGAGAAAGGGCUGGAGGAUCUGAACCAGGCAGAUGUAGGGGCUGGCCUGCAAGUGUUUUACAACAUGGGGGAACUGAGAGGGACUGUGGAUGGACUGGUUAGCAAGUACAAGGGGUUAGGUGUGAAGAGUAUAAACACAUCAUUGGAUAUGAAGGCAGUGUCUGCAGGUGGUGGCUAUGGACCGGGUGGUGUACAGAGGAGCGGGACCCCCCAGCUUGGGGGAAGCGCAAAGGCAAAGGAAGCUCUGUGGCAAAGGAUGAGUUCUUGUAUGGAUCAGUUGCAUUCCAUUGUUGUUGCAAUCUGGCAUUUACAGAGGGUGUUGUCCAAGAAAAGAGAUCCCUUCACUCAUGUUCUGCUUCUUGAGGAGGUCAUGCAGGAUGACGAUCCCAUGCUAACAGUACGCAUUUGGGAGGCACUUGUGAAAUCAUUUGCAUCCCAGAUGAAAUCCACUUUCACUGCAUCCAGUUUCGUGAAAGAGACAUUUACAACUGGGUAUCCGAAGCUCAUGUCUAUGAUAGAGAACCUACUUGAAAGGAUUUCACGCGACACAGAUGUGAAAGGAGUUCCCCCAGCUCUCACAUCUGAAGCAAAAGAUCAAAUGAUUUCUGCCAUCGAGCCAUUUCAGACAGCCUUUUUGGCACUUUGCCUGAGUCGCCUCUCCGAUCUGGUUAAUUCUGUGUUUCCCAUGUCUAGUCGCGGAAGCAUUCCCUCAAAGGAACAUAUCUCCAGGAUCAUAUCAAGAAUUCAAGAGGAGAUUGAAUCAGUACAGCUGGAUGCUCGAUUGACUCUUCUCGUCUUGCGCGAGAUUAACAAAGCUUUGCUUCUGCUUUCUGAAAGAGCAGAGUAUCAGAUAUCUGCAGGACCUGAAGCACGACAAGUAACAGGUCCAGCCACCCCAGCCCAGCUCAAGAACUUUGCACUGUGUCAGCACCUCCAAGAAGUUCACGCCAGGGUCUCCUCCCUUGUGGCCGGACUCCCAACCAUUGCAUCGGAUGUCCUCUCUCCCGCUUUGGGCACGAUCUAUGGGGUUGCAGGCGAUUCAGUCACAUCCUUAUUCCAAGCAAUGCUGGACCGCCUUGAAGCCUCCAUCCUAAAAAUCCACGACCAGAGUUUUGGGACAUCCGGCAUGGACAACAACAACAACCAUGCGUCCCCUUACAUGGAGGAGUUGCAGAAGAGCAUCGUCCAUUUCCGGUCCGAGUUCUUGUCUAGGCUCCUUCCACCUUCUUCUUCUUCAACCCCCUCCUCCUCCUCCUCCACAGAAACAAUCUGCACUAGGCUCGUGAGGGGAGUGGCAUCCAGAGUUCUGACCUUCUUCAUCAGGCAUGCCUCCCUAGUCAGACCUCUAUCCGAGUCCGGCAAGUUGAGGAUGGCCCGAGACAUGGCCGAGCUGGAACUAGCUGUCGGUCAAAACCUGUUCCCCGUCGAACAACUCGGCGGGCCCUACCGGUCGCUCCGGGCAUUCCGCCCCGUCAUCUUCCUCGAGACGUCCCAACUGGAAACGUCGCCCCUUCUUCAAGACCUUCCGGUGAGCGUCGUCCUCCACCACCUCUUCUCGCGGGGCCCGGACAAGCUGCAGUCGCCCAUGCAGAGGAACAGGCUGUCCCCUCUGCAGUACUCGCUCUGGAUGGACUCACAGGGGGAGGACCAAAUAUGGAGAGGGGUAAAGGCGGCAUUGGAUGAUUAUGCCGCAAAGGUGGGAGUCAGGGGGGACAAGGAGUUCUGUCCCGUGUAUCCUUUGAUGUUGAAACUCGGAUCCUCCAUCUCCGGAAAUCAAUCUUGAACCUCUAAAAUUGAAUGAUAGACGAGAUCAAUUCUUUUCUGCUGUAGAUUUGAUUUUCUUGAACUUGUUUGAUCUUCCUGUUUGGAGAGGAAUUUUCACUAGUCUCAGAGUGUAUUGAGAAUUCUUUUGGCAUUCUCGGCUUAUCAAUCCAAGUUGUGCAGGGCAAAAUUUCAGUGUAUGAUGUAACUCAUCUAAGUAUGUAACCGGGUUAUAAGGGUGGAGGCCUGGAGGGUAUACUUUUCUUAUUG